CCUCCCUGUAAGACACUACGGGUCCGCAAAGACAUCAAAUGUCUAUCCAAACGGGAAUUAUCUGAUCUGAUCCAUGUGUUCAAACAAUUAUACGCCAAUGGAGUGAUGGAUAUGUAUUCAUUAGUUCACGGGUCNCCUCCCUGUAAGACACUACGGGUCCGCAAAGACAUCAAAUGUCUAUCCAAACGGGAAUUAUCUGAUCUGAUCCAUGUGUUCAAACAAUUAUACGCCAAUGGAGUGAUGGAUAUGUAUUCAUUAGUUCACGGGUCCUAUUGGUCGUCAAUUCAUAAGUUUAGUGAAGCGGUUCCGUGGCAUCGAUGGCAUAUCAAUGAGUUUGAAAAGGAGAUGAGAAAAAUCAACCCCAAGAUUACACUUCCUUAUUGGGAAUAUAUCACUGAUUUCGGUGCCCCUGAAAAGAGUUCAAUUUGGCGGACCUUUGGAAGGGCCGGUAACCGAUAUAAUGGUUAUUGUGUACCCGACGGUGCCUUUGCCUACCAAAUGGUUGAAAACCCAGAACCUCAUUGUAUUAGACGGCAAUGGAAUCUCAACAAAACAAUGCCUGUUUGGGAACCACCCGAAUGGGUCACAUCACUCACACAAACAUCCAAGACUUGGCCACAAUUUGCCCAACUAUUGGGAUAUUCGGCUCAUUUUAAGACACAUUUAUAUGUCGGCGGUUACGAGGGAGAGAUGAGUGAUAUUUAUGCCACUAAUGAUCCUGUAUUCUACAUAUUUCACGCUCACGUCGCCGACUAUGCGAUACUUAAAUGGCAAUUAGCCGACGACCAGAACCUGCUUCCUAUUACUUAUAACCAGGGAUUGAGAUACGACUGGGAAAGGGAUGAGAUACUGAGGGCUGAUAUUGAAAGCGAUUACUUGACUUAUUAUGACAAUGCGAGGGUUAAAGAGAUUUUUGAGAUUGGAUUUGGAGAUAUGUGUUAUAUUCACGACCAGUUAGUGCAACCAAUACUUGAUAUAAUGGCUAAUAAACGACCGAAAGUACCCAAUAUUGCCAUCAAUUUAAUGAAAUCUCUACCGAGCGAUGUAUUUGAAUACUAUUUCCCAAAGUUUGCCUCAAAAACGGCAACAUUUUUCGACUAUUUCCUACCGGAUGUGCAAAGCGGUCAUAACUUUAACCAUAAGUCGGCAUUUUGUGAUGAAAUGCCCGUCGCUUUGACUUUUAACUCAACGCCAAAUGGGAGACGACUUCUGGAUGUGUUCCGUACGGAAGCCUCCAUUGAUGUGACGCCCGAUGCCUUCAACGCCGAACAGCAAUACUAUCAGUUCAUCGAAGACCUCAACAAAUAUAAGUACUGUUCCCCAUAUCUUAUCACUUAA